AAUGACAAACAAUAUUUUAUACUGUAUUAUUCCCUACGUGCUAAUUUUUAAAAUCAUUAAGGUGUUCGAAUGGCCCGUUGCUAGACCCAUUGGGAAUGAUGAAUUAUUGGAGAUUCAGAUUCUGAAUUACAAUAAGUAUCUAAGUAACAGGCUUAUCGGCUCCUUUACAAUAAUUUUGCAACAACUAGUGGAAAUAGGCCGCCUGAAUAUUACCGACCAACUCAUAGAUGCCAAUAACGUAGUCCUUAGGUCAUCCGUCUCGUUGGAAUUAAUUUAUCAAGCUCCAGAUGGUUCGGUUGGUGUGUGGUCGCAGGAGCCCAUGAACCAAGGCACUGACACUGACGAACAAGCUGGAACACUUAGUUCAGAUAAUGAAUCCCCCUUAUUACAACCUCCAAGCACUGGAGGGAAGCCAAGACUCUCCGUUGCGUCAAUGAAGAUUGCUGGUCAAGGUGCUUUGAAGCCUCCCCAGAAGGCCUUGCGACAGGUCGUGAAACUAAUCACUAAAAGGACAAAAUCAAAUAAUUCCUUACGAAAAAUGUCAAGUUCAUCUCGACAGAGUUCGGAUGAGGAAGCAGCUGCAAUUGAGAAACAGUUCUUAGGAGAAGCAGGACUAUUAAAUGUUCCAAGAGAUAAUUUAGACGAUGGGAUAAACGAUCAAUCUUCGGCUAGUUUAUCAUCGUUUACUAAGAAAAAUCAAACAUUAGUACCAAUGGAAAGUCUGUCGCUUAAGGCUCAAGAUUAUCAAGUUUGUAUAACAAUUAUAGAAGCGAGGCAAUUGGCUGGUUUAAAUAUGGAUCCAGUUGUUUGCGUUCAAGUUGGUGAUCAGAAAAAAUAUACAAGCGUAAAGGAGUCAACGAAUUGUCCUUAUUACAAUGAGUACUUUGUCUUCGAUUUUCAUAUGGCUCCAGCAAUGUUAUUCGAUUGCAUAAUUACGCUGACUGUCUUACAGUCGAGAACGUUUAUCAGAUCAAACAAGCUUCUUGGCAGUUUUAAAUUAGAUGUUGGAACUGUGUAUGCUGCACAAGAUCAUCAAUUUUAUCAUAAAUGGGCUAUGCUAACUGACCCUGAUGAUAUAAAUGGUGGCCCAAAGGGGUAUCUAAAGACGGAUCUGGCCGUAAUAGGAAAGGGGGAUUCUAUAAAGGUUCCUCUCAAAAAUGACAAGGAUGAGGAUGACAUAGAGGCUAAUCUCUUAUUACCCGACGGCGUCCCAACUGAAAGACAGAGGGCAAGAAUAGUUGUAAAGAUUUAUAGGGCAGAGGGAUUGCCAAAGAUGAACACGGGUUUAAUGGCAAAUGUAAAAAAAGCUUUUACUGGAGAGAGUAAAGAUCUUGUCGAUCCCUAUGUUCAGGUUUCCUUUGCUGGUCAAAAAGGAAAAACCUCUGUAAAGAAGGGAAAUUACGAACCAAUUUGGAAUGAAGCGAUUGUCUUUACCGAGAUGUUCCCCCCUUUGUGUAGAAGGCUUAAAGUGCAGUUGAGAGAUAGUGACAGGGUAAAUGAUGAUGUCAUUGGAACGCAUUUCAUCGAUUUAGGUAAAAUAUCGAACGAGAGGGAAAAGGGCUUUUUACCAACUUUUGGACCUUGCUGGCUAAAUAUGUAUGGAUCUACUAGAAACUAUACUCUUAUUGAGGAACACUCUCAUCUCAAUCAAGGCUUAGGUGAGGGUGUGUCUUUUCGAGGUCGACUACUGGUAGCUCUUAAGACCGAAUUACUAGACAAUUCUGAAACGGGGCCUUGUAUGGUUGAUGUCGAGCCUGUCCUACCGGUUCCAGAUAGUUCUCUUGGUAGAGUAGAAGAAUAUUUUCUUUCCUCAGUUAUUUUGGAUUGUAGUAUGAUUGAUAAGAAGACUGGCGAUAAACCAAUCCAAUUUGAAAUAAGCAUUGGAAAUUACGGUAAUACGAUUGACGGUCAGAAUUCAUCUUUACAGUAUGCCCCCGAUUCCAAUUCUGAAGAUGACUCUAACAAGGAAGAAACAGACUCUCUCAUAGACUCAUCCCCAUCUAUUUCUCAGGCAUCUGAUUCUAGACCUGCAACUGAGCCUUUAAAACCAAUUUCAAGAGAUAGAUACUAUUAUUACUUGCCUUACGAAGAGGACAAACCUUGCUUAUACGUUAGGAGUUAUUUUGAAGAUCACAGAAGAAGAUUGUAUAUUACAAACGUCAUUGAAAAAAUUGCCGAGAAAUUAGAGGAUGGCUUAACGGAAGUUGGUGAUUACUUGAAGCAGGAGAAAACAUAUCCAGAAUCUAAAUUGAGAUCCGUUUUGGACGAAUUAUCAAGCAACUGUGCAAAAUUUAGCACACUUACCCAAGCCAAAAUGUAUACACAAAGUAAUGGUAGAACCAAACUUGAUAGGGAGCGGCUUAAAAUGUGCCAGAGGGAAUUAGAUCAGCUCGGAACUAUGACCAGGACACUCCGAGCAACGACUACGAAAACGAAUGUUAAAGAGAAAUUAAAGGCAGCUAGUAGCUAUCUAAAUAAAUUAAGGCAUUUGGCCCAGGAACCUCAACCGUCUCUACCAGACGUUUUCGUUUGGAUGAUUGCGAACAAAAAAAGAGUUGCCUAUCAGAGAAUAGCAGCAAAAGAUCUACUUUAUUCUCAAUUGGAUGAAGAAAAGGGUAAAGCUUGUGGAAAGCCUAAAACUCUUCUACUAAGGUUACCAGGUAAAAGAGGUUCGGGUCCAUCCGGAUGGGCUAUACAAGCUAAAUUACAAAUAUACAUGUGGUUGGGUUUAACUAAGCAAAAGAAAGAUGUUAUUAAAGGCUUACCCAUUGGUUACGAAGAAACAACCGCUAUAAAGAAAGCAACCAAAAUAUACUCCAAUCUGCCGCCUUUCAUACGUUAUACAGAACGUCUCUCAUUUCAAUUAAGAGCUCAUAUGUAUCAGGCAAGGAGUUUAAUCGGAUCAGAUUCCAGUGGAUUGUCUGAUCCUUUUGCUCGUAUAGUUUUUAUGGAUCAAAGUCAGAGUACCCAAGUUGUUGAUGAAACCCUUAGUCCCACAUGGGAUGAGAUGCUUAUUUUCAAUGAAGUUACUAUUUAUGGCAGUAUACAGGAAAUCAAUGCAAACCCUCCAACUCUUGUCGUUGAAAUUUUUGACCAAGAUAGAAUGGCCAAGCCUGAGUUUAUCGGGAGAGCAUUAGCAAGGCCCCAUGUGAAAAUGAGCCAUGAAAAAUAUGAAAGACCUAGUUUUCCACCACAACUUGAAUGGUUUGAUAUAUACCGAGGAACGGACAAAGCUGGAGAAUUAUUAGCCGCUUUUGAAUUAUUACAAUAUCCCUUUAGUGAAGGGGAAUUGAAGAAAGUUCUAGUUACACCACCAUACAAACGUCGAAGAUGCGCUCAUUUGUCGUUGCUGGCUCCUCCAGGAGAUAAAAGUGGACAGGAUCUACCUCCAAUAGAAAUGCCUGAUCAAAGUGAAAAAGACAGGGGGCCCAUUAUGCCUGUACCUAAGGGAAUCCGACCAACACUUAGUAAACACAGGAUAGAAGUGCUAUUUUGGGGUGUAAGACAGCUUAAAAGGGUACAGUUCGUCUCUGUUGACAAACCAAGAAUUGAUAUAGAAUGUGCAGGAAAUAUCCUAUCAUCAGCUGUCAUUCAAAACUGCAAAAAAAAUCCGAAUUUUAAUAUAACUGUCAAAAGUUUUGACGUGGAACUACCCGACAAUGAGUUAUACUGUCCGCCAAUAAGUAUACGAUGCGUUGACUGCAGAAAUUUUGGCAGAGACGUUCUCGUUGGAACGCAUGUUAUAAAUUCCAUUCAUAAGUUUAUGUAUAUUCCAACCACGAAAACGGCCAAAGAAGCUAUUAGGAAAUUUCUUGGAGGAGGAGUAGAUCAUAGGCCUUCGAAUACUUUGGAAGUAAUUCAAGUAGAACCUCCAGUACCAACAAAUGGUGCAAGAAUUUCAUUAAGAAACGAUGAAGUAAUAAUUAAUAUUGAUGAUGAAAAGCAACCGCUCAUUAGCAAGACACCUGAAAAGAGGAGAUUAUCAAAAGGAAAUAAUUCAUGUGAUAUGGUUAGCGUGGGAGAUAAUGAGAGAAAGACAAGGAAAAAGAAGAAAAAGAAGAAAAAGAUGGAUGGAGAAGAUGACGAUUUUGAUAUAGAGGCUUUGGAUUGGUGGUCUAAGUAUCAUGUAUCAUUGGAGGAAAUGAUACAGGAUCAGAAUGAGAAAGCUGCUAACGAAAUACAACCUUCAGACCCUUUGGAUGUUGACAAUGCACUUUGCGACCUAAGCGCGAGUCAUACAGUUCAAAGUCAGCAAAGUUCUGGGAUGACUCCCUAUAGCACGCUACCAAAUGGAAUGAACGCUACUGAUGAUUCCGAUCUAGAUUCUAAGCAAAUGAAAAAACUGGAAAAAGUUUUAAAAAAGAUGGAGCAGGGUGACAGUUCUUCCGGUGGAGUUAAAAAAACGUUCAAAUCUGCGGCAAAGGCUGCAGCAUUUGCUCAGAAAUUCUCUCCUAAAAACCAGAGGCGGAAAGAUAAUAACCCAGAUAUUGCCCGAUUAAAAAUGUAUCCAACUGAAUUGGAAGCACAAGCUGAUUUCAACGGAUUUAAAGAAUGGCUUCAUACGUUUGAACUCUAUAGGGGUAAAAAGACAGGAGAUGCUGAAGAUGACGAAAGUAGAGUUGUCGGCAAAUUUAAGGGAUCGUUAAAAAUAUACAAAAUCCCACUACCACCUGACAUCGUAGAUACAACGAUAAUGGGUGGAGAUCCUCAAUACGGUUUAUUUCAAGGUCUUCCAUCAAACGAUCCUAUACACGUUCUUGUUCGAAUUUAUAUUGCUAAUGAUCUCCAUCCUGCUGAUUUAAAUGGUAAAGCGGAUCCUUAUAUAAUAAUUCGCUUAGGAAAAACAACAAUAAAUGAUAAAGAGCAUUAUAUAUCCAAACAACUUAAUCCUAUUUUCGGAAAAUGCUUUGAAAUCGAGGCAACAUUUCCUAACGAAUCCCAGUUGACCGUGCAAGUGUACGACUGGGACCUAGUAGGUUCAGAUGAUUUAGUUGGCGAAACCUCAAUUGACCUGGAGAAUCGUUAUUACAGUCGGCACAGAGCAACUUGUGGCAUUGCCGAAAGAUACGAGCUCCAAGGUUACAACGUUUGGAGAGAUCCAAUGAAACCCACACAAAUAUUAGCAAAACUCUGUAAAGACAGCAGGGUUGAUGGACCUAUAUAUUCUCCUGGCAAGGUUCGAGUGGGUAAUAAGAUUUUUACGGCAUCUUGUGAAAUAGAAGAUGAAAACGGCCAAAAGAAAUCCACAGACGAGCACUUAGCCUUGGCUGCCCUCCGACAUUGGCAAGAAAUUCCUAAGGUUGGGUGUAAACUAACGCCUGAACAUGUGGAAACAAGACCUCUAUAUAAUCCUGAUAAACCCGGUAUAGAGCAAGGUAAACUUGAGAUGUGGGUUGACAUGUUCCCAAUGGAUAUGCCAGCUCCAGGACCUCCAGUAGAUAUUAGUCCAAGAAAACCAAAAAGCUACGAACUAAGAUGUAUUAUAUGGAAUACUGAUGAUGUAGUUUUGGAAGACGAUGCAUUUUUCACUGGUGAGAAAAUGAGCGAUAUUUACGUUAAAGGAUGGAUUAAGGGAGCAGAUGACACUCAAAGUACAGAUAUUCACUAUAGAUCAUUGACAGGAGAGGGAAAUUUCAAUUGGAGAUUUAUAUUUCCAUUUGAUUAUCUAGUAGCUGAAGAAAGGAUAGUAAUAUCACGAAAAGAAACCUUAUUUUCAUGGGAUGAAACUGAAACUAAAAUCCCAGCAAGAUUAAAUUUACAAGUUUGGGAUGCUGAUCACUUUUCAGCAGAUGAUUUCUUAGGAGCUUUGACGUUAGACUUGAAUCGAUUUCCUAGAGGAGCAAAAUCAUCAAAGCAAUGCACUUUAGACAUGCUUAAAACUGAUGGAAGUGUCCCUCAAAUGUCACUAUUUAAGCAUAAAAGAGUAAAGGGAUGGUGGCCAUUUGCAAUAAAAAACGAUAACGAUGAGGAGGAGCUAACUGGAAAAGUUGAAGCUGAAUUUCACUUGUUAACGGCCGAUGAAGCGGAGAAGCAUCAGGCUGGCGCUGGGCGAAAUGAACCAGAUCCGUUAGAUAAGCCUAAUCGGCCCGACUCAUCUUUUAUUUGGUUCCUAAAUCCUCUGAAAUCCAUUCGAUAUAUCUUAUGGCACAACUAUAAAUGGGUUAUAAUCAAAGUUUUGAUAUGUAUUCUUUUGGCUGCCAUCUUAGCAUUGUUUUUCUACUCAAUGCCUGGUUAUACAGUGAAGAGAAUGUUUGGGGCAUAG